UUUAAACGGCACACUGGCUCAAACCGGAAGUCUGUGCGGUCUUCAUAUCCCUAGUGUUGUUUGUUUCAGUCCACCUUUUGUUUGUUGUUUAUUUAUCUGUCUCGUUAUCAGCAGCGCGCUGUUUAUUAGUGCAGCGGACGCGACUGGAGCGUCAGUGUGGACAUGAAGAAGAAGCGAGCGGAGAAACGGCGCCAUGUUGUCGCCUGGAUGAACAAAGCGGAGUGGGAGCAGGUGGUGGAUUACCUGCACUCGCACGAGCCCACCUUACAGACGCACGCGCUGCAAAGGGUCAGCGCGUGGAAGGGCAGGUUUGGGCCCAGUACUCCAGUCGCUGUAGAGAGCACAGCCAAUCUGGUUCGCUGUCAGAUUCUGGACCGGAGCGGGAAACUGGAGCGAGAUGACCUGGUGUUGCUGUACGGCAUGGCACUCACCAGGUUUAUUAAUCUCAUUCUGGAGCGAAAGCAAGGCCGAGUGGCCAAACCACUGCGACGCCUCGCCAGCACUAUGAAUAUUCCAGAGUGGAUUGUGAAUCUGAGACAUGAGAUCACACACCGCAGACUUCCCACGCUCAAAUGGUGCCGCAAAGGUUGUGAGUUUGUGUUAAACUGGCUGCAGCAGCAGUUCUGGUCUCGGCAGCUCAGCAGCCUGUCAGACUGGAACUCUUCAUCUGAGGAAGAGGAUAAUGAAGAAGAGAGCAUGAAAUGGCAAGAGGAGGAUUUUAUGAAAAGACAGAAGGAGAUUGAGAGACACAAGAGAGCGAGAGAGCUGAUUAUCUCCUACGAACGAGAACAGUUCCAGGUGUUUGAGGAUUUGUUAACACAGGGCUCAGGGCGAGGUUCAUGGCCCAACGCCAGCGCAGACCUCAGCUGGAUCCUCGCACAGAUACAACAGCUCAACUCCGAGACCAGAGAUGCUGUGAUCAACACGUUAGUGCAGGAUGGGUUUCUGAUCCCGACAACAGAGCAGUUGGAGUCCCUGAACAUUGAUCCGUCAGAGGAGCUGUUGGACCCGUUAACCCCAUGUGUUCCUCCAGAGUUCCUCCGGUUCUGGUUGCCACUGCUGAAGGUUCUGAACUCGAGCUGGUUUAUUAAUCAUCUGCUGGAGAAACUGUUCUCUGAGCUCACUACUGAGCCGACCAAUCACAGGGCUUAUUACACGUCAGCCUGGAUCUCUGAGAUUCUCCACUGCAACUGCAGGAAUGAGUCAAAGGCCUUCAAGAGGAUGAGGAUGAUGAAGGAGCGGUUGUUCAUUAACAGAAUGUCGCUCCGAUGGCAUGAGCUCAUAUCCAUGUGUGUGAACUCACCAUGUGCUGCUACACCUUUCCUGCUGCAACAGAUUUUGAUGGACAUGGAUAAGCCCCUCCCCCUGGAAACACAGUGCAACUUGCUCCGCCUCUGCACAAUCUACACUCAGAGUCACCUUGGCAACUCUUCACCUAGCAACAUAGACCCCUCCCACCCUGUCUACACACUGGAGAGCUUGCAGAAAAGAGUGGGCGGAGCCAACCAAUUGCCUGAUGUAGCAGCAGAAUUGGCCAAAGCUCCGCCCACACAGGAAGUGCAGGAGCAGCUAAGUGUGGAAACGGUUCAGGAAAGAAAUGCAGCGUUACGAGGGUCAGCAUGGAGUGUGUGUACAGAUAAGGUUCCCUGGAAGCAGUACCCUCUGGGGAAGGUUCCAGGUCAAACAGAUGAUCCGUCGUGUCUGAUGGUGGAGACGUUCUGCACCCUGACUGUGUUCGACCAACAGGUGAAAGGUCACAGUCACCAAGGCAACCAAAGUGUCCCUCUUCAGAACAGAACCGGAUCAGACGGAUCUGUGUGGACUCACAAUGACCUCACCAAGCUCAAAGCUGGACUAAAACUCUUCUAAAACACACACACACACACACACACACACACUGAGUGUGUAUUACAGUGUAACACGUCGCAUGCCUGUGAAUUUUUCAUAUUAAAUUUUCUGUUGAAUUAA